AUGGAUGUAUUACGUUGCUACUAAGGUGUCUUUGGUGACUUAAAUACUUUUUCUUUACUUCCAAAUAAAGGAUGGCUACUAUUUAUGGAUUAUUUUUGCUCUGCCAAUUAUAUUAUGGGAAAAAACAACAUCUGCCAAAUACUUAAUUCAUUGCACGUAAAUGCAGCCUAUUUUUUUAAAUUAACUGAAAAUGGCUCUUUUAGAAUCACUCUUAUUUGUUGA